UAAAUUUGAAGCCAAGAUGCAAAACCUCAGCGGCACUUUGGAAGGGAGCUCAACCAAUACCCCUUUUCAGACAACUGAGAUCACAACGAAGAUCCCUAUUGUCUUCCGUGCUGGGACUGAGAGCUAUGUUACUGACCAGUUCAAGUGAAAGUUAAUCAAAAACCUUAAAAUGUGGAAGAAAGACGGGGCAAGUUUUGCAAAAUAACCUCUAGAUUUGAUCAAACUACUGGGAGCUCUGAUUAUUCCAUGAAAAUGGAAAGAUAGUAAAAACCCUGAAUGAAGUCUCUGUGGAGGAAAACUUCUUAUUUGCCUCGUUCAGUUCAUUUCUCAACAAGAAGCAGACCUUGAGAGAGAUGUAUCUCUCUUCCCAUAUUGAUAAGAAGGAAAUUAAGCCACGUAAAAGAAGACAAAAACAUAGAAGAGGUCAUAGUGUCGCUAGCAAAGCCAACCCAGAUCUUGGCAAUCAGAAUGUUGAAAAAGACAACCUUGAUGAGACUGAAAAGGAUAUCAAGGCACGCGACACAAGCUGCGAUUAUGACCCCAAGAUUAAGCAUAUCUUGCAGAAAUCCCAACACUCAAGUUUUCCAAGAACAGGCAAGAAUAAUAUCCGACUCCUCACAAAACUUAAAACUCGUGGGAAUGCUUUCAGUGCUAUUCCUUGUAAAGAAAUGAAAUUUCGAAAGAAAAAGAAAGGAAAUAAUACAAAGAAUCAAAUUCAAAGUGUCAAUAACACUUCUCGGAAUACAAUAAUCACCCAAGACAAUCAAGAUAGCCAUAAUAAGUCUGUAGGGAAGUCCACUUUUAGAGCACAUAAUAGUAAUUCAAAAGGCAGAAAUACUAAAAAGAAUGACAGUCUAUGCAUGAAUGACACGAUUGAAUUCAAAAAUACCAAUCGAAAUUUUGGAAAAUACCUCGAAGAUCUUGGCAUAAAGUCACCUCCAGAACAAAAUGGUCAAUCUAUUGAUCAAAGAAUCAAGAAUAUUAGAGAAAAGCAUUUUGCUGCAACCCAGGUAAAUUUAUCUAGCCAAGAAGAAGAGCCUGACUUAAUGGCUGAGCCUCAGGCCAAUGAUGAAGAACACGAUCAUUCAGACUUAAUUAUUGACUCUUCGAGUAAAUAUGAAGAGAAUAAGAACGAUGGUUCUGAGGAAAUUGAACAGCCAGAUGACAUAGAAUCGUCAAAAGAAAUUGAGUAUGACCCUAAAAUACAGAUACCAAAUGCUCCCUCUACUAUACUAAGUGAAGACCAAGCAGAUAGAUAUGAGAAAGUACUCAAAGAGAUGGUCGAAAUAGAAAAUCUGAUCAACAUGAACAAGGUCAUAUUCCACUACAACAUGCUUGAAAGCUGGUGAAAUUCUAUGAUUUCAUCCCUCCAAGCCAAGCAAGAGAAGUUUAGGAUUAAUAAAUACGAAACAGGAGGUUUCUCUCCUCAUGUCAAAGAUUAUUAUGAUAAGUUAAAUAUGGAUAAGUUUAAGACCAAAAUUAACCCAAAUAAACCAGAGAUCCUUGCAUUGUCUUUGAAAAAGCAGCUACGAUGGUUUUAUAACCGAAGGGAGAAAUAUUUCGGACCUGUUAAGACCAAGUCAAAGAACCUUUUCGAGCACGUUCUGACUCUUGGAAGACUAAAAUCGCCUAGUAAAAUCCUGAAGAUUUACAAAGAAAUGAAGGGGACAAUAACCAAAAUGAAAGAACCUAGAGUUAAUGUUAACUCUAAAUGCGUUGGAAUAAGAAGGAACAAAAUUAUGAUGAGAAAGAGAGAUUCUCCAGAAAUCACUGAGAACUACCAAAAUACAGACAUUACUCAUGAAUUUCAUACAAAUUUCUACAAAUACAUGAAGAGCAGAGAGCGUGAUAAUGAUUUGGAAAGUCUUCAAACUCCUGAGUGUCAGAUAAAGAUCAAAAACCAUUCUAGUUUGCAAAGUGAUAUUUCAAGCCAAGAGGACCCAAGAUCCCUCAAGGUACUUCACCAAGUGUACAAAGGACGAAGGUUAAAUCAUGAAGAGAAGGAAAAGACAGACAUAUCUGGAAAGCCCCAGAUACUUAAUGAAAAAGAGUUUAUAAGCAUUCAUCAGCAUUUUAAUCGUAUUGAAAGCUUGUGCUUUGAUGAUCUUGAGAAUAAAAACAUUGUUCCCAGCCCAAACUGAGUCCAGAAAGUCGUAUCUGAAAUUAUUGAAAAUUUGGAUAGAGAGAAAGAAACAUUUGCAAAGACAUGGAUGUGGCCACAACCCGGCAUUUCAAAAAUAGAGGAUCUGAUACAAUCAAUAAUAGAUAUUAACUCUGAAUAUAUUUCUAAGAGAUGUAACACAUUCUUAGAGAAGAUCAAAUCGUCUCAAAAAUUUUCAGGAAAGAUAACUCAAAUCCAGCUAAAAGAACUGAUUUCAAAAUGUCUGAAAUCUCUUAACUUAGAAUACGUAGAAGCUUCUGGAAUCCUGAUGGAAGUACGAAAGCAAGAGUUUUCUUCACUGUGUGAAGAAUUUAGAGAUUGUUUGUAUCAAAUCUUUAAUUUACCUCCAUUCCACUAUCCGAAGCAUGUGUUGCUUCCUAAUGACUCAUAUGCAGACAUCGACAUUCUCAAAGUUUACGAGCCAAUGGUGCAUAAGUGUCUAAAUGAUGGCCAAUAUCAUCACCAUGGCCUCAUAAUUGUUCUGUCAAGUAUGCUUUCAGAGCAAGAGCUUUAA